AACAAACAAGACAUCGUUGACACCGAAAACACACAAAAAACUUUGGACUUUGCAUUACAAAAACAAAAAUGUGUUAAAGUGUUUAGUGUGUGUUUAUGCUCUUUAUUCAUUAACCGUUUGCUCUACAAUGAACUUUUACAUAGUGGAAUAUAAUAUCGGGAUGAUCAAGUGCUUCCAUUGAGCAGCAACACUACACACAGAUGUCAGAGCAGAUUCGUGGAGUCGUAACUUGUUCAGAAUUAUUUCUAACACUACAUCCACUAGAAAAUGACUAAAAGGCUUUGCGUAAUAGCACUUCAUUUGUUCAUUUCUGGAAUUACAAUCUCCAUAACUAUGCAGUGACAACAGUGACUAUGAUAGUAGCAAUAUCAUAAGUAUUUAGGUGAAUUUUUUGUUUAACGCCAUGUAUCUUUAUGUUAUCUCUUAACGGUGUCAGAAUCUAGAUCUAUAUAGCAUGUUUUUGUAUUAUCUUCGACGCUAGGAUAGCAUUUGUUUGCGUUAAAUGAGAAAUUAUUGAAAGAUUAAGAAGCUAAUAAAUAAAGUGUACCGGUAUGUUAUUAAAUCAAGGUACCUAUUCUAUCAAAUCUAUGCAACAAUGAAACAGAAAUUAUACAUGAGACUUGUACUUCAUAUUUUGGAUACUAUUAUUGUCUAUUAAAUUAUCUUCUUUAUUAUCAACUAUUUGAUAUAUUACAAAAAUACAUUCACUAAUUAAAAUAAAACACGGUGAAAGUAAAAUAUAUAUUUUAAAAAAUCUACUCAGAACAGUGGAUAUUGGACUCUGGAUUUCCAAUGGAUUGUUGCAAGUGUCUUAAAUCAAUAUGCGUCACAAAAAUUAAUUGCCAAGGAUUAUGAAGGCGAUGAAAGUGCUCAGUCGUUCGAAGGAACUAAAAAGAAAUGUUCAAUGCUAAACCUGAAGACAAGAUUUUAACUCCACUCCAUGAGCUUAAGUUUUCUUAUGGAGUAAAGAACUGAACUUUGAGUGUGAAUAUGAAAUAAUAUGAAGUGAAUAUGAAUUGAAUAUGAUGUCUUUAUUAAGAAUAUCAGUGCGGAACCUAGAUCUAAGGUCUCAUGCAGGUUGGAUGAUGUCAACCAUUCUUACUAAGCUUUGGGUUGGCUAGCAAGACAAAUACCGCCCAACCCCCCUGAUCUCAAUUACAAAAAUUACAAGAGACAUUAGCCUGGAUAUACACCGGGAGGCGUCGUAGGUUCCAUUUCUCAUCUUACAACGUUAGAAACACACUUCGAUUCCGGAAUCGUUCUAGAGGAUACACGACACUUCAAAUACCAUCAGAAGUUUCCUCGGAUGCACCCAGCAGAAACUGGAAUACUUUCUUGAAAAGUUUUUUUCCUCCAAAUAUUUUAAUGACUCUAAAGAUCUAGUCCAUUGAUUCUUCAAGAUUUUGGUCGAUGGUCUAAAUUUUUUUCUCCCGGCUUCUUGCGUCAACUUCGCCAACUCUGGAAUCAUUAUCGUUUUUCAAUUUACCUCUGGUGGAGCCAGUCCGAAACCUUGGGAUCCAAGGCUCUGUCAGGCCCAGAAAUAAGAGCUUAACUGGAGACUCUUGGAAUAAGAGCGUAGCUGGAGACGCUUGGAACAAGAGCCUAAGUGGAGACACUUGCACCAACGGGAAAACCCCUAAUGGUGGUUUUCCCAAUUCUUGUGUGGAUUUUAUAAACUCAAACAGUCUGGAGAUAAAACGGUUCAACAAAAUGCCUGCAAAAGAAGAAGAUCACAGCCACUCAUCGCAUGCCAACUCUCCAAACAGCCAAAGUCCGGAUACUGCUGGCAAUGCCAACGCUGCUAAGAAACCAAAUAGAAAAAGAGGUCAUAGCGGAGUUAACCAAUUGGGCGGUGUUUUUGUUAACGGCAGGCCAUUGCCAGACUCCACGCGGCAGAGAAUCGUGGAACUAGCCCACAGCGGUGCCAGGCCGUGCGAUAUAUCACGGAUCUUACAGGUAUCCAACGGAUGUGUCAGCAAAAUCCUGGGGCGCUACUACGAAACAGGGAGUAUCCGACCCCGAGCUAUUGGAGGGUCCAAGCCAAGGGUGGCCACCAACGACGUGGUGGGCCGGAUAGCCCACUACAAGCGGGAGUGCCCGAGCAUUUUCGCCUGGGAGAUACGGGACAGGUUGUUGAGUGAAGGCAUCUGUAACCAGGAGAAUAUUCCAAGUGUCUCUUCAAUCAAUCGUGUCUUACGGAACUUGGCCAGUGAGAACCAGAAGGUCUUGGGUCAAGGGUCCAUGUACGACAAGCUGGGUCUGCUCAACGGUCAGGGGUGGCACCGGCCCAACCCUUGGUACUCGCCCACGGUCUCCGCCAUGGGAGGCUUGGCUCACCCUUCAGCCUAUUCACCGUCGCAGGCGGCCACCCACCACCUGAUGCAGGAGAAGAAAAAUGACUGGCACGAUGACCUCAUUAGCAGUGCUGGGUCAACCGGAAGUCAGAGUGAUGGUCAGGCGGGCGAGACGGACGAACAAAUGCGCAUGCGUCUAAAACGGAAGUUACAGAGAAACAGGACGUCCUUUACAGCUGGACAGAUUGAAUCUCUAGAAAAAGAAUUUGAAAGGACGCACUACCCGGAUGUGUUUGCCAGAGAGAGGCUCGCGCAGAAGAUUGAUCUCCCGGAAGCCAGGAUCCAAGUGUGGUUUUCCAACAGGAGAGCGAAAUGGAGGAGGGAAGAAAAGUUGAGGAACCAGAGGAGGGACGUAUGCAAUGGUGCCACACGGCUCCCCAUCAACCACGGCUUUAGUAACAGCAUGUACCCAGGGGUGCCUCCAGCCAUCCACCAGUCUAUUCCUUCCAUGGCCGACACGUACAGCUCGAUGCCAUCCAUGUCUGGCUACUCACUGUCCAAUAACAUCCCACCGAACCCUGCCUGCAUUCAGUCCUCGGCACCUUCGUCGUACUCUUGUAUGAUACCUGAUUACAACCACCGAGCGUACGAUCAUCCUCUGUCUCUCGGCAACUACGGCCGACCGCCCUGCGGCCCUACAGUUGGCAUGCACCAGAACCAUAUGACACAACCCCCACACAAUUCUGUCUCUACAGGUCUGAUCUCCCCCGGCGUGUCUGUGCCCAUCCAAGUACCAGGCGGGGCGCAGGACAUGGGGGCCCACCACCACCACCACAUGGGAGCUAUGACGUCGCAGUACUGGCCAAGACUUCAAUGACGCCAGGGCGAGAUGUGGGGUCUGACGUAGAGAGACCCCUCUCUCCCUUCCUGCUUCAGGAUCGUCUUUGCUUUCUUAAAUAAACUGGAUGUAACACCAGCACGACGCAACUUGUGGCCGAGAACGUAGUCAUUACGUUACAAGGCAAAGACAUCUUGUGUAUUCGCCCGCGCUACGGUCAUUCUCAUGACCCCCAGUGUCUGCAUAUAUUAAUACUUUAUUUAAAAAGUCCUAUGCUUGAGAUAAUAAUUGAAAUGAAAUCUUUAGUUUUAUUUAAUUUCGUCAUUAAACUGCCCUACAGCUAAACAGCAUACAAUUUCAAAAUUGUAAAAAAAAAAAGUAAAAACAAUAACAAAAAAAAAAAGAUCAACAAUGAAAAUUGUGUUUUUUGUGCGAACGUUGGGCACAAGUCGUCUGUCACAGGAAAUAUGUUAAUAAGAUGACGUCAUCUUUGACUACAUGUGUCUUGUAUCUUAAUAGAGCUCAAUAAAUGGGAAUUUAAAGGCGGAAACUGCACCUUGACCUACACAACAUCGUAAGACUGCAGAAGCUGACGUCACACUAAAGGCUCAUCACUUGCGAGCUUUGUCGUGUUUUGCUUCUGCAACGUGACGAGGUUCUUCAGUUGAAUCAAACGCUUGGUGAGGAUUGGAUGAAUUUUGCUCUAAUCUGGACCAGUUCAGCUUCACUUGAUUCUAUUACAUUACUCGUAGGAACAUUCAGAAUUAAGUCUCAAAGACACUCAAAGUAAUGAGUAGGGCGUUUCUUUACUCUUUCUAAACAAAAUCACGUUUUCAAAUUUUUGAAAAAUGUGAAUGUGUAAAUUCUGCUUUUCAUAAUGAGAAUUCGGCUAUUUAUUAUAUAGAACUUCUUAUUGUAAACGAGAGGAUGUGUAUUUAGAAUCUUUGUGGACGUUCGUUUCGAUUUUCUUUGGAGUGUGCUUGAAAGAGCGAGAAAGAUUUACACUUCUGAACUCAUAGAGAGACGCUUACUGAAAUUGCAGUCCUAAAGAGCAAAUCACCAGCCACUUUGGAUAUAAGGAAACAAGACUAGCUCACUAAAGAGCAACUAACCAGCUCCUUUGGACAUAAGGAAACAAGACUAGCUCACUAAAGAGCAACUCACCAGCUACUUUGGACAUAAGGAAACAAGACUAGCUCACUAAAGAGCAACUCACCAGCAGACUUUGGACAUUAGGAAACAAGACUAGCUCACUAAAGAGCAACUCACCAGCAGACUUUGGACAUUAGGAAACAAGACUAGCUCACUAAAGAGCAACUCACCAGCAGACUUUGGACAUUAGGAAACAAGACUAGCUCACUAAAGAGCAACUCACCAGCUACUUUGGACAUAAGGAAACAUGACUAGCUCACUAAAGAGCAACUCACCAGCUACUUUGGACAUAAGGAAACAUGACUAGCUCACUAAAGAGCAAGGAACCACUGUGUUGUUUAAAAAGUGUACAGAUCUAGUACUAGGAACAAAUGUGUUAUUUAAAAAGUGUACAGAUCUUGUACAUUAACUUUUGUUGCCCUUGUGGCAGCUACAGACAUUCGCUUUGAUAAAAGCACAGAUGAACAUGUUCUUCGAAGAGUUCCAUGGAGGAACACAACAAUCUUUUCAAGCGAAGCUCUGUACUCCACGUCAAAGUGGUUCCUUGAACUCGCAGACGUUUAACAACCAGGUAUCCUAAGAGCUAACUCUCUUUAACUCUCUUUAAGUUGCAAAUGAGAAAGAGGCUGAAAAGUAUCUUCUUAGCUGUGUUUAUGGUAAAAAUUAUCAGAAAACUCUUCGACAUUUUGUUCUCAUAUUGUGUGACUGUUUCAUUUUAGUUUCAGUUUCAGGUUCUGCAUGCCAAUGUACUACUGAGUGUAAAAACGUCAACUGAUUGAUGUGUGUACUGUUGAUUGGUUGUUUUCCUCUUUAUUUGUUUGAAACCACUCUGAUAAACUUAACUGUUUAAUUAUGGCCAGCAAUCAUCAAUGAUAUUUUCAUUGUAUAGAUUCUUUAGCUUAAUGAAAUAACGUGGCAAUAAUGUACUUGUGUAUGGUUGAAAGAUUAACAGAGAGAGAGAGGGAGAGAUUGUAAAUAGUAAACAAAGAGGUGUAUGGACCAAAACAUAGACGAGACGCAGUGUACGAUGGUAAAAGAUUGAAAAGUGAAUGGAUCUCAGUUCCAUUGUGCUAUCAGAUUGCAGUGUUUGGCAAAUAAGAUCAAAUGCUUUGAACAUUAGACAAUAGGUUACUAAUUAUUACAAUUGUGUGUGCAAUGCUCAUAAAAUUUAUCAAUUGUAUAUUUUUAAAAAGUUCACCAAAAUGUACGAUUAAGUCAGUAUUUUGGUUUUCUUUGAAAUAAGUAAUUGUUGUAUCUGAUAUUGUUUCAUUAAAUGACUGAAAUAACAAUAUAGAUAUUUCAAAGUUUGGGAUAUUACGCUAUUAUAUUGUGAAAUAUUUUAUAAUUAUGUAGAAUUGUACGUCGUUACAAGUACAUACGUGUAAUUUCCUGAGUGUAGUUUUCUUUUAUAGAUGUAAUUUUGCUCUCAAUCUUUGAGAUUGUUGGUUUUAAAGAGAUUUUAAAAAUUUGUUUAUAAUUUAUUAUAAAACUCAUUAUUGUUUUAUUAUCUGGAUGACUUAAUGACUGUCACUUCAGAUAGUGCAGACCUUUUAAACUGUUUGGCUAAUGUCUUGCCUUUGCUGACAUGGUUGAUUGACUCCAGGCAUUGGACGAGAAAAAAAACAACUAGAAAAUAAAUUUUUAUUUUAAUUAUCAGUUUAAUCUGGCUUCUACUUUAGAAAGAUGCUAACGAAAUUUAAAAAAAAAAGUGAUGUCCGACAUUUUUCAGAAAAGGAGCGUUUAAAUUUCAGCCACAUGUGCCUCGGCAUCACCUUUAAUGUGGUCAGACAUUGGCUGGGACGGAGGGACACAUCGGGACUCCGGCCGGAUAUGGCCCGCUGGGGAUUACUGUAUAGCGUAAACUAAAACAUGUAACUUUGUCUGUCAUUGUUCACAGACAGUUGUCUGUCUUGGAAGUAAACUUAUAAUAGAGAUCUUUAUGAAGUAGAUCUGUCUUGGAAAUAAACUUAUGUAGAUCUAUAUCAAAUAGAUUUGUCUAGGAAAUAAACCUGAUAUAGAUCUAGAUCAUGUAGAUCUGUCUUGGAAACAAAUUGACUGCAAAUUGCCUUUUAACGCUACAUAUAUAGCCAAAUGCAACUCAAUAAAGAAAAUUGUUGAAAGUUUAACUCUAUAGCUACUAACAACUACAAGAUGAUGUACCCUUGAACUCACGUUUUUCUUGGUGCUAGUUUUAAAAGAGUUAAUAAUGCUCAAAAGAUCUGUCUACUUAUGAGUGCAUGCUCUGAGAUAUAUAUAGUAUAAAUUUAGAGUCAAUAUGGUGCACACAGAGGUUGUGUUAAUUUACAUUCAUUCUGAUCAAAUAGGUGCGUAACAUAGUGUCGAAUAAAGAAGAGGUUCUAUAUUCGAAGCCAAAUAUUUUCAUAUUAAUUCAACUUCUGUCUGGACAGAAUUUUUCAUAUUUUUAUCGAUAGCCUUCUAACUGCACUGUUGAGUGGUCUUUUAGUCUGCUAAGCAUGAGCUCUUUUGAGUCAAAUAACUAUGUCAAGUUACUUUUUUUUUUUUUUAAAGUCAAGACAUUUAGAAAUGAAUUAUGAACAAGUACUAUCACAAAGUACAGUACGUAUUUUAUUGUCCUCUUAUAUGGUUUGUAUGUCUUCAGUAACUUAAUAUCCAUCAAGAGAACGCUGUAACGUUUGGAGUCUCGCAAUUUGAUCUUUCUAUUCCGAGGCUAGUGGGAUUGGUAAUAUGUCAAAAUUUAAGAAAUUGAAAUAUUCAAAAUUCGCAGACCAGGAAUGAAUAUGUUCUUUAGGCUGUUAAGACCUCGAGUUGAUCACACGAGGUUAGGCGGUACAACACACUAAUUAAUCUAGUAACUAGAUUUAUUGAUGCAAAUUAUAUCAACACAUCCGAAUAACGACCGUGAGUCAGUAUACUAAACAUAUAUGAGAGUCUGACGUUACUAUAAGUAUUCAUUUGUAUAUUCUGCCUUUUAAAAUCAACAUAAAUUAUAUUAUUUGCCGUUGUUUGUUUUUUAAUAAAAUAUUUCUUUAUGUCAUUUUGUCUAAUUUAUGAUUUAUUGCAUUGAUUGGAAAUGAGCGAAUAUUUGAAAUUUUUUAAAUUAUAUAUAUAUGUAUAUGAUAAAUAUAAAAAAAAUAAUUAAAAAUUGGUUUAUACAUGUUUACAUUCGAUUGCGAUUUUUUUCCCCAAAGCAUUUAACACGCAAACUUUAUAUUUCCCACUCAAUAACAUAUUUAAGUUGUAUGCUGGGUAUUAUGUUUCUGUUAUGAUGUACAAACAUAUGUGUGUGUUUGUGAAUGUGCUGCUUGCAUGUUUUGUUUGGGUGGUCAGAAAUACAAUCAUUCAAGUGAAACAAAAGUUUGAACAAUAAACACAU